UGCUCAAAACAAAAUCAUAAUUAUCCGCGUGGCAACGCACCUUCUUCUUAGCGCCUACUCGAGAAGAGUAUUUUCCGCGCCAAAAUCUCUAAAACGACGUAGGCAUACAAUCGGAUCGGAGCAACGAAACAAUCGGCUAAAGAGAAAUGGAAGUAUCGAGGCUACCGUUAUCAGCGAGUCAGAGAGGGAAGCUUAUUUUAGCUGGCUAUACUUCUCUCUCUUCCCUCUCCUCUGUCUCCCCCUCAGAUCUUGCCCGGGAUCUGAAAAUUUCAGAUAGUGAAGCUCUUGAAAUUCUGAAGGUCGCAUCACGUAACAGUAGGCUGGACGGUAUGGAAGGGUGCCAUGCCGUUAUCAACGUUAAAGGUGCACAGAAUGCUUGGGAGAUGCUUCAUGAGGAGUCGUCUUUGACACACAUUACUACAUCUUGUGCAGAUUUAGAUAACAUCCUUGGUGGAGGAAUUACUUGCAAAGAAGUUACAGAGAUUGGUGGAUUACCAGGCAUUGGUAAAACGCAGCUCGGGAUCCAACUUGCAGUCAAUGUUCAAAUUCCACCUUAUUGUGGUGGUCUAGGAGGAAAGGCAGUUUAUAUAGAUACAGAAGGUAGUUUUAUGGUGGAGCGUGUUCUACAGGUUGCUGAAGCAAGUGUGGAGGACAUGUUGGAAUAUAGUAGGUUUUUACGCAGGGACUUGCAAACUUGUCAAGUGGCAACGCAAAGCAAGGAUAUCCUGGAAAAUAUAUAUUAUUUCCGUGUCUGCAGUUAUACAGAGCAAGUUGCUCUGGUUAAUUACUUGGAAAAGUUCAUUUCAGAGCAUAGAGAUGUUAAGGUUGUUAUUAUUGAUAGCAUAACUUUCCACUUCCGCCAAGAUUUUGAUGACUUAGCCCUCAGAACACGGGUGCUCAGCGGAAUGGCCCUAAAAUUGAUGAAGAUUGCAAAAAGUUUCAGCCUAGCAGUAGUUUUGUUGAAUCAGGUAACAACCAAGCACACCGAGGGUUCCUUCCAAUUAGGUCUUGCACUAGGUGAGAGCUGGUCACAUUCUUGCACAAACCGGAUCAUUUUGUAUUGGAAUAGUAAUGAACGAUAUGCAUACAUUGACAAGUCCCCUUCUCUUAAAUCAGCAACAGCACCCUAUUCUGUGACCAGAGGAGGGAUCAGAAAUUCUUCUUCAAAUUGUAAACGUGUUAAAAUGAUGUAAAUUAUGACUCAACGAGCUCAGUGGGGUGUUGAAGGUUAGAGAAGUAAUUGUUGCUCCUAAGUUCCUUUUGAUAAGUUUUGCUCGUGUCUUGCACUGCAUCCAAUAAAACUAACCUUCCAACUUCAUUGAGAUUUCAAUGUGCGAUUUACUAAUUGGAAACUUGAUUUUCAUUAUCAGGUGUUCAUUUCACAUCUGCAGUGUAUCAUAGAGAAUGCAACUACUGCUGUUGAUUUACUAUGAUUUUAACAUCUUUUUGUUACUCAACGUUGUGCCUGACUUGAAAAAUCUUUGAUGGUUAGCUAAAUUAUAACGAUGCUGGAUCCAAUAACACGUGCCUUUUUGCUGCUUGAAUAUCAUUUCUCUACGACGUAUGUUCUGUUUUGUUCAAGCAGAUUUUUGAGGAUGCUGAAUUGUUGUUAUUCAGGUGCGGACAGUAGUUAUUAAUUAUUAUUAUUAUUAUUAUUUUUAAAUUCUGUUCAAGCUUUUAGAAGCAAAAAGUCAAUACUUGACAGAUAUGUCUUGAAAUAUGGUUACUUGGUUAGAAAAUGGUACACUGCACACAUUACAGUAAUUCUUUGAGUAAAUGAUCUAAAACUUGACAUCAUAAGCAAAUUAAAUCGUAUUUGAGGGAAAUAUGAGAAUGUUACUUUUUCAAAAAAAAAAAAAAAAAAAAAAAUUAUUAGGACCCCAAUGAGUUCUGGUUAUGUGUUCGUCUCUCAACAUCUGUCACAAUUCACCUAAUAUAGAGGUCAGUGUGUAUGAAUUCAAAAUUCAAAAUUUAAGCUUUUUAGUGGAUCGAAAGUAAUAAAUUUAAAUUUUUUUUAAAAACCAAUUUAAAUUUGUUAUUGGCCUUAAAUUGACUAUAAUUUAAAUUUGUUAAUUGCCUGAAAUUGACUAUCUGUAGCAAGUAUUUAUUUUAAAACAUACAUUAGUCAACAAAAUCAUUUGUAUCUAGUAGUACCAAUCUACCUAAUCAAAAGUAUUCCAGAGUACAACUGCAAUUAAGUUGAGUUCAAGGUUGAAACGAAAGUGUGGUGCUACUUAUAUUAUUCAGACUUUAUGUUACCUAAUGAGCCCACAAUAAAGUUAACAUAAUAAUUUAUAGCUGCAGCUGAACUUAAUCUUCUGCAUUCAACGGUAUUAACAUAUGUGCAAAUUUGUAAUUUACUAAUUAAAUAGACCUAUUGUAAGGCUGCACCUAGACAUGUGACAUGCCCCAGAUCUGUCUUAAUUAGUAAUUAAAUCAACUGGGUUAUAUCUGAAAUGGAAGAGCGUUUUUCCUCGCCAAGAAAAGAUUGACCAAAAUUUCAACAAGAAGCAAAAGUUACUUGCUUUUCUAUCAUCUACCAAAUUACUUCCUCUUUACCUUGCCAACAACCCUCCCCCUCAUUCCCUUUUAGCCAACAAAUAUUUGUUAGGUUGGGUUACACUUGCACAAGAGACAAAAAUUUGUUUUGUUGUUUGGAAAAACCAAUGUAAUUGUUUUUAUACCUUUUUUUUCUUUGAGGAAAAAGUGAAAAGAAAGGGUAACAAUAGAAAUGAAACAAACUUUCCUCCCAAUUAUAGGAAAAUAAAAAUGAAAGGCAGAGCAUUUCCUAAACUCCUACCCAUAGUCAACGGUUGAGAUUAAGUUAAGUAUGUAAUCUAACGGUCAGCUGAACGUACCUGUCAAAUAUUGAGUUAGACGAUAAGAUCAAGAAUUCAAGAUCAAGAGUUGUUUGGUUGUCUCGCUUUCUCAAAAAUAAAUAAAAACCCAUUCCUUUCCCUUCUCACUAAACUCUAACAAACACACACACCAAACGAAAGAAAAAAAAAAAAAAAGCAGAGGAGGAGAGAAAUGGCGUCUACUUCAUCUCUAACUCUAUCACAAGCUCUCUUGGCUCGAGCCAUUUCUCACCAUGUCUCAACCCAAUCCUCUGACCGUCUCUCUCUCUCCACACC